AUGCCAGAGAUCAUUACAGUUCCCAAUUUUUUGGACCGGUCUGGUUAUGUCGGUCUUGGCUCUGCUGGGUGUCACCAUGGUAAGCCAUUUCACCUUGAUGAAGCAAAUUCACUGCAGAAAGGGUUUUUUAAGGACAUAAACUGGCAACGUUUCAAGACAUGUUUUGUCGAACGAGGCAUAUGCAAUGUAACCACAAACGUCGCUGUAGACCCCGUCCACAAUCCUGUGCAGUGGGGAUGCUGUAGACCUCCAUUAUACUGUGGAUACGAACAAAAGAAUCAAACAUUCUGGGAGAUACCAGAAGUUAAUAAAGCUUUGGGAGCUAAAGAUACUGGGGAGUGCAGUAUAUGGAGCAAUAGGCUGGACAUACAAUGCUUCGAUUGUGACACAUGCAGAGCAGGAUUUCUCAUCAUCCUUCACAAGUACACCGAGCUCUUAAUCAUGUUAGCCUUCAUUGAAAUUCUCUUCAACAUAUUUGUCUUCUCCACCAUCUUCCACAAUGAGAGAAAAGCUCGGAAGCAUAAAUAUGGCGGUCCACCAAUCUCUCCUAUUAUACUCUAG